AUGGCCGAGCACUCCAGACAUAUGGAUAUCGACGAGACAGAGCCGCAUGCCUCGGCGCACCCAAGCCAGCCCGAGGAACCGCUCGCUUACCAUGGCCAGCCGGCUGCCCAGGGCUCUGGUCUAUUCGCGCAUCAGAAUGAGAUCAUUAGUCAACUCGAGGUAGACUCGGGUCGUUCAGACAAUGAUUCCUCGCUCGGGUCCGAAAUAAGCUCCAUGUCAACCUCCAUGAGGAGCGCCGACUACGAGUUCAGAUUUGAUCACGGAAGAAGAUACCAGAGCUCGAAUGACAAAUAUCAUCUGCCAAAUGACAUCCAAGAAAUGGACCGACUUGAGCUACAACACCUCAUAUGGCUAGAGCUCUGCGGCGGUCGUUAUCACCUAGCCCCCAUCGAGCGGAUCAACGUCGCCCAUGCCCUCGAUAUCGGCUGUGGAACUGGCAACUGGGCUAUCGAGUUUGCCAACCUGCACCCGCACGUGCAAGUGGUCGGCACGGACUUGUCUCCCAUCCAGCCUGACUAUAUUCCCAUGAACUGCACGUUCUACAUCGACGACGCCACGCACGAGUGGUCCUUCCAUCAGCGCUUCGACUACAUCCACGUCCGCGCCCUGACCAUGGGCAUUGCGGACUGGGACAAGCUGAUCGACCAGGCCUACCAGUUCCUGCAGCCGGGCGGCUUUCUGGAGCUGCAGGAGUUCCACAUCCCGCUCGAGUCGCCCGACGACUCGAUCAAGGAAGGCUCCGCCCUCUGGAACUGGGGCCAGAAGAUCCACCGCGUGUGCGGGAAGCUGGGCAUCGACUCGAUGGGCUCGCUGCACCACCCGGACCGGCUCCGGCGGCGUGGCUUCGUCGACGUCCAGGAGAGGCACCUGCGCUGCCCGCUGGGCCCCUGGGCCAAGGGCCAGCGCCAGAAGAAGCUGGGCUGGAUGGGCAGGAAGGACCUGUACGAGGGCAUCGAGGGCAUCAGCAAGAAGCUAUUCGUCAUGAUGGGCGAGGGGACCGAGGCCGAGGUCGAUGCGUUUCUGGAGAGUUGUAAAGCCGACUUGAUGGAUCCUGCGAUUCAUCCUUGCAUGCCGUUGGACGUCAUCUGGGGCGAGCGACCUUUCGACAGCUGA